AACGUCGUCGGGACGACACACGAGAGCUGCGGCAGCUAUGGCUGAACCCUAGCAGUACCAUUCUCGAGCAGCUGUCUACCCCACUUCUGGAAAACCCCUUGGGGCCCAAGUCAGACGCUAGCACAGAUCUUGACAAGGACUUGGAUCUCAGUGCCAGCCAUAUCAUUGACCCUGGAAUGGAAGCUAAGAAUCUUUUGCUGGCCAAAAAUUUGGCCAGCUUGCAACGGGAGCGAGCUGGCGACAUCCUGCUUGAUGUGUGCCUGGCCAUACCUUGCAUGGUGCAGUACACGCAAGGUUUAGAAGAUGUACUUCUCUCUGGAGACACCAUGGUGCUUGACUGCCUGACAAGCAGCGUUGUGCUAUAUGGAUCGAAAACACUCUGUGCAGAAAUAGCACUAGUGCGCAAGUGCCUGAACCUUCCUGUGUUGGAGCCACUAGGUGAAGUGCGGCUGCAGCGGCCGUGCGGCUGGCCCUGGGAUGUGGACACAUGGCAGUGGCUGUGA